CUUUUCUAAAAAAACAUGGCAUCACCUGUGUGUUUCUUAACCAUGCGGAUGCUUUUGCUCUUUUUACUCUCGUUUUUUCAUCAUAGAGCUUGUUAUUCUUCUCCUUCCAUGCAGCCUCUAUGCCAUGAUGACGAGAGUCAUGCCUUGUUGCAGCUCAAGGAAAGCCUAGUCAUUAAUGAGUCCGCUUCUUCUGAUCCUUCUGCUUAUCCCAAGGUUGCAUCAUGGAGAGUUGAUGGAGAAAGUGGUGAUUGCUGCUCGUGGGAUGGUGUUGAAUGCGAUGGGGACUCUGGUCAUGUGAUCGGCCUUGACCUCAGUAGCAGCUGCCUUUAUGGCUCCAUCGACUCCAAUAGCAGCCUCUUCCACCUUGUUCAGCUCAGAAGGCUGAAUCUUGCUGGCAACGGCUUCUACAACUCUGAAAUCCCUUCUGAGAUUCGAAAUCUCUCAAGGCUGUUUGAUCUAAAUCUCUCAAUGUCUGGCUUUUCUGGUCAGAUUCCAGCGGAGAUCUUAGAGCUUUCCAAGUUGGUUUCCCUUGACCUGGGAUGGAAUUCUUUGAAGCUCCAAAAGCCUGGUCUGGAACAUUUAGUUAAAGCAUUAAUCAACCUUCGCUUUCUCAGCAUCCAGCAUAAUCCAUAUCUCAGUGGAUAUUUUCCGGAAAUUCAUUGGGGCAGCCAACUUGAAACAUUGUUUCUUGCAGGAACAAGUUUCUCUGGCAAGCUACCGGAGUCCAUUGGGAAUCUCAAAUCAUUGAAAGAAUUUGACGUGGGAUAUUGUCAUUUUUCAGGGGUGAUACCAUCUUCACUUGGUAAUCUUACGAAACUGAACUAUCUAGACCUUUCUUUUAACUUUUUCUCUGGGAAAAUCCCUUCCACAUUUGUCAACCUUCUCCAAGUUUCUUAUCUGUCGCUUUCUUUCAACAAUUUCAGACCUGGUACCUUAGAUUGGCUCGGUAAUCUAACCAAACUCAAUUAUGUAGGCUUGGCACGAACCAAUUCAUACGGUGACAUUCCAUCUUCUCUUAGAAACUUGACUCAGCUCACCGUCUUACAGCUUUUUACAAAUAAACUAACCGGUCAAUUUCCAUCUUGGAUAGGAAAUCAUACCCAAUUAAUUUUACUAAACCUUGGACGAAACAAAUUACACGGUCCUAUUCCAGGGUCUAUUUACAGGCUUCAGAAUCUUGAAGACCUUAGCCUAUCUUCUAAUUUCUUUAGCGGCACUUUGGAAUUGCACCUUCUCCUUAAGUUCAGAAACCUUUCUAGACUCCAAUUAUCGCGUAACAAUUUCUCUCUGCUUUAUAGUCACAAUGCUACCUUUCCUCAGCCAAAACUUGAACUCUUGACGUUAAGUAGAUGUAAUCUAGUUGAACUUCCCAGUUUCUUGCGUGAUCAGAACCAUCUGGAUUUUUUAGAACUUCAAGAUAACGAACUUGUGGGACACAUACCCAAAUGGUUUAUGAACAUGAGUACCAUGACCCUCGCGGCUCUAUCUCUGGCUGGCAACCUUCUGACAGGUUUUGAGCAAUCCUUUGACGUUCUUCCAUGGAAUAAUCUACGUUCACUGGAUCUUUCUCGGAACAAGUUCCAAGGAUCCCUUCCAAUUCCACCACCAGCAAUCUAUGAAUAUAAAGUCUCGAGCAACAAAUUAAAUGGAGAAAUCCCAGAAGUUAUUUGCAAUCUGACUUCGCUUUCUGUCCUUGAUUUCUCUAAUAACAAUUUGAGCGGCAAACUUCCUCAAUGCUUGGGCAAUAAAAGCAGCACUGCUUCAGUUCUGAAUUUGCGCAACAAUAGUUUCAGCGGUGAUAUUCCUGAAACAUUCACAAGUGGCUGCUCAUUGAGGGUCGUUGAUUUCAGUCAAAACAAACUGGAGGGGAAGAUACCAAAAUCAUUGGCCAACUGCACCGAGCUAGAGAUUCUCAAUCUUGAACAAAAUAACAUAAAUGAUGUCUUUCCUUCUUGGUUGGGUGUUCUUCCUCAUUUGAGGGUUCUGAUAUUGAGAUCUAAUGGGCUCCAUGGUGUGAUUGGGAAACCUAAAACCAACGUUGAAUUUCCGAGGUUACAGAUUUUUGACCUCUCCAACAACAGUUUUAAGGGUAAGUUGCCACUUGAAUAUUUCCGAAAUUGGACAGCCAUGAAAAAUGUCCGUAAUGAUCAGCACUUGAUUUACAUGCAAGCAAACACAAGUUUCCAAACAUCGCAUAGUAUAAUGAACAACCAGUAUGAGUACUCAAUGACAAUGACCAAUAAAGGUGUGAUGAUACUAUAUGAGAAGAUUCAAGAUAGUCUCACUGCUAUCGAUCUCUCAAGCAAUAGUUUUGAAGGAGGAAUUCCAGAGGUCCUCGGAGAUCUCAAAGCACUUCAUUUGCUCAAUCUCUCCAACAACUUUCUCAGUGGUGGCAUCCCUCCAUCCUUGUCCAACUUGAAAGGGCUUGAAGCUUUGGACCUUUCUCAGAACAAACUCUCGGGAGAGAUUCCUGUCCAACUUGCACAGCUCACCUUCCUCGCGGUCUUUAAUGUGUCUCACAAUUUUCUGUCAGGUCCGAUACCACGAGGAAACCAAUUCGGAGCAUUUGACAACACUUCAUUUGAUGAGAAUCCAGCAUUGUGUGGGAAGCCUUUAUCAAAAAAAUGUGGAAAUGAUGAGGACUCGGUGCCAGCAGCUAAAGAAGAUGAGGGCUCGGGAUCUCCACUUGAAUUUGGUUGGAAGGUGGUGGUGAUGGGUUAUGCAAGUGGAUUGGUAAUUGGAGUGAUUCUUGGAUGCGCUAUGAACACAAGGAAGUAUGAAUGGCUGGUGAAGAAUUAUUUUGUGAGGUGGCAAAACAAAGGUCAAGAUUUGAAGACUCGCCUGCAUAGAAGUUGAUUUCUAAUUAUUAAGGUGUUUAAUUUCUAGUUUGUCAAUCAUGUUAAGAUUGUAUUCUCUUUUCCUCGUCUUCUCUUUCUUAAUUUUCACUUGUAAGGAUAAGAGUGAUUUUCUCUUGGAUGGUCUGUUAAUUUCAUAUACUAAAAAUAAGAUGGUAUGUUGAAUAGAGAGCUUAGUUUUAUUAAUUUAU